AUGUUACAGCUCAGCGCUCAGUUAUACCAAUCACCCAUCUAUUUACCUUGUGGCACGUGCACGCCAGAUGACCUUACGCUGUCUGGCUGUGUCCACCUUACCACUCCAUCCGGCUAUAGAUUACCAGGCUUGGAAGUUCUUCUUAUCAGUACAAUCCAGCGGCGCAGUGAGAUAGGCGGUAAAUGGUCGCCAUGUGAGGUGCAAGGAUGUUCCAGGACUACUAUUUUGGAGAGUGAUCAUUGGAUAGAAAGAGGGAACACUGACUUUGAAUUUUCCCUCACUCUCAAUCGACAAAAUCCUUACACACGUUCAACACAUUUCGACCGAAUAGUCCAUACUCUCCAUGCGAUCAUUCCAAAUCAUCCACCGGCCUAUCACAGAUCUACUUCUAGGCUUUCAAGAGGUACAAUCAUACCGAGAUUGCGGCUGAAACGGAAGCAAGCACAUGCCCAUCCUGUCUCAGGAUCACCCAUCUUGGCGAUGUCCACGAAGGAUGUUCAUAUAUACGGACCGGAAUCGUAUCUUGAUCAGGUAAAUACUUCAAGUUGGUCAGCAGAAAGUAGGAUACCAAGUAUUGGAGUGGAUGUUUCGUUAAAAUCCGAGGAGGAAUAUGCGACAUUGGGAUCAUCAUACACCCUUCACCUCACUCUGCGCAAUCUACCUCCCAUCCUGACUGUACAUGGCUGGGAUGUAUCACUCUAUCAGUUGACCCAGCCCGUAGAGCCGAAUGAACGUAAUGUAAUAUUCAAAGACAUCUACACGAUUGGACAGAAGAACCAAUCCUCCUCUAUAUGUAGACUACCCGGGCGAGCUCAACCGAGCAGUGCAGAGUACCUUUGGAGAGGAAGUGAGGCUACCAGCAUUAACGAAAGCUUACCGAAAUCGCUGUCAAAUCCGACAUUCGUAACUACCUUACGUACCCGACUACCCUCUCCAGUCAUAGGAGCUUUACCCUCCUGUCCUGAUGGAACGGAAUACGCAUCGAUACAGCAUUCUAUAUCCGUUGUGCUGCAUUACUCGAUCAUUGGGGAAGAUAUGAAUGGCGAUAAAUUAGGUGGAUCGCUUGCCAGAGCCGAAGGUGCUAUAAGGUCAUGGAUAUAUGAAAGGCCAAUACAUCUGUUAUCGGACUUGCAUGGAUUGGCCGAAGCACCCUCGCCUAUAUAUUCCACCUCUUCCACUAAUAAUCUAGAUGAUGCUCUUCCGGGUGACUUGUCAAAUAUGGCUGAGAGCUUCAAGAUACCUCAUAUGGUCUCGAUAACCAAGUCGAGAACGGGCUUCAUGAGACCAGCUGGAGUGGUUAUAGAAAGGCUAAAGGUGAAGAUACAUGAACAUUGGGCAGAGACUGCAGGACUUUGUGCAUGUUUCGGUGAACCAGGUCAAGCUUUCAAAGCUUCACUGGAGGAUGAAAUGGAUGCGCGAUCGAGAGCUGUCAAAAUGGUAACUCAAGACCUGUGA